GUGCACGCAGCAACAUCUCCAUCUGUGUACCCAAGCAACAUGUCGCAUCAACAGCACGUUCUUUCGGAGGCAACCACCCUCCGCCUGAUAAAUGGUUUGGUGGCCACCGGCAGUGCCACGCCCCUUGCCGUCCAGCCGCCCACGACAGCACAAGCGGAUGUUAAUUGUUCACCGGAAAUGGCAUUGGCUGCCGCUAAUCCGGCGGUUCUUCCGCUAGCCAGUGGCACGCCCACCGCCUCAAUGGCCGCCCUUGAAAUAUCCUCGGCUCGACAACGGAUGCUGCCACCGAUAACCCGACGUCCUUCACAGGAGAGCGUCCAUUCGGCGAACGAGAAUGGCAACUCGUGCCGCAUUUGCCGCUGGAACCGCAGCGACAUGGAGAUCAUCAAAUGUCCGUGCAAUUGCAAGGGCAGCGUGGGCUUCAUCCACCUCAAGUGCCUGAAACGCUGGAUCAUGCACCGGCGGGAUAAUCGCUGCGAGAUCUGCAAUGCGGUCUUCGACAUCUCGGAGGAGCGGGUCAGCCUGAAGCAGAUGGUGCGGACCUUCUGCUGCGGUCGCUGUUGCGGACUGAUUGUUAAGCACCUACUGUUUAGCGCCUCACUGAUGCCACUGGCCCACAUCAUUCUGCAGCAGGUCCUGCAGUGCAUGGAUAACCUCAACCAGGGCAGCACCGAGCAGCUCACCGUCCAGGAGGUGUUUGUCGCCUCCUGCGCCCUGCUCACCUCCAGUGCCCUGUUCUUCCACUUCUUCGAGUUCGUCACCACGCGCUGCCUGCUCAUCCGGAACAUCCUGCGCCACUGGUGGAUGUUCGGCAGCACCUCCGACUUUGCCCUGGUGGAGAUCGAGGACGACUCCAUCGAUCUCUUUUGACGAGGAGAGGGGUCUGAUGGUCUGAUGAAAUGAAGCUAGGAAGGAAGAUCGGGUGUUCGGUGCAAGUAUGCCAGCCCUUCUUCACCGACCAAUCACCAUCUUAGAUGAUUUCACCAAGAUCUAGUUAUAAACAAAUUUUAAUAUUCAAUAAAA